AUGCUUGAUGAUGGUCAUGAAAAAGAAAAUUUAUUUUAUCAACCGAAAAAUACAAUAGAUGAUGAUGAUGAUUCAGGUACAGAAGGAAUUGAACAACAAUUUGAACAUGCUUCUAUAACAAAACUCAAUGACAACGAAGAUAAAUCAUCAAUAAAAUCUUUCAGUCCAAAUCCUGAUGAAGGUUUUUUCGAAAGUGAAAUUCAACAUGAACCAACCCGUACACUUAUUAAAAACUAUCUUGAACUUGCAAACAACAUUCCGAAUGAUAUGAAAAAGGAAGUUUGUUCGGAUACAAAGGUAGCAUUUCAUGGUGAAUUUGCCCGACUUAUUUCAAUACCAUUAUUAUUAUAUUACAAUAUUUAUUAUAAACUUUUUUCUGAAGAAGAAUUCAUUAAUGCACCAUAUAUGAAUUUAAAGUUUGAGUAUUGCAUACUUGAUAAUGCUAAAGCACGAUUUAAUUGUCCAAAUGUAUGCUGCCAACAUGCAUGGACAUCAAUGAGAGCAAGAAUUUCAUUUUUAAUUAGUUUACCAAAUACUGGAUUUAUUGUACUUAAAAUUUUCGGACAAAAUUGUGAACAUUGUGGUACAUAUACUCAUGCACUUUGGUAUAUUGAUGAAGUUUGUCGAGUAAUGAAAAAUUUGGCUAUGACACUUCUUGAACUCUAUUUUCCUGAUAUGAUACACAAUGUCGAUUGCAAAAAUCAAAUAUUAAUACAAAAUAAUACAACAGCAUCCCGUCAAUUACUUCAUGAUUCUGCUCAAAGAAACGGAAGAAUGUUUGCACCACAUAUCAAAGAAUAUUGUGAAGCAUGUCAACGUGGAUUAUGCUUCACUUCAAAAAAAAGAUGA